AGAGCAAAGUCACCAGUAAAGUUAUUCAAAUUACCUUGCCUUCACUUUUACCUUAGGCGUUAUUUCAUGAAAAUCAGGUCAAGUUGAAGUAUCGAAAGCCUUAUUAGCUUCAAUAAUUUGCUUCCUUCUCAUAUUAAUACUCUUCCUUGAUUCAUGAAAAUAUUCAAGAGGCAGGACGAGAUGAAUUAACCCAAAAUUUGUAAGGAACCAUGAGCAGCUGUUAAUUGCGUGAGUGAGAAUUAAUAAUGAAAGUUAAUAAUUUGUUGUCUCUGAGAUUCGGUAAAACCUGAUCAUUUCCUUGCCAUAAGCAAGUAAAGAGGAUAAAAUGUAAGCUAAUAGAGGGCUUCUCCUCCCAUUGCUCCCUUACUUAAUUACUCCUUGUGUCACUUUUAUCCAAAUAACUAUUCUCAUCAUUUUAAUCAUCAAUUCACUGUAACUUUUGUGUGUCUCGGUGAAACUUUUCCUAUCAGUCAAUAUUCAAUUCACCUUUCAGCAGAUUAUUCUCGUGCUUCAAACUUUUCUUGAUUGUUACCCUUUGCAAUAAUAAACAGCGAUGAAGUGGUCACUCUUAGGAUUCAUCUUGAUCGCUUCUUUGCUUCCAGUGCUCAUCAAGUCUGCUUCACAGUCAUCUUAUAACAAACAUGGACACAAUUACAUUUCGGGACGGGAAAGAGAGUUAUUGGUAUCAAAGGCCAAAUCGAUUCAGUCCUUUUUGUUUCCCGAUACAAGUUCAUUAACCAAAUCAUCUUUUGCCGAUGAAAUUGAUAAGCUGCCCAUUGGUAAACAAUGUAAACAGUUUUUUACCAAAAAUCAAGAAGCUCGAUUUGAAGAUCGCACUUGGGCUCAUGAACUCGAAGAUGCUCAAGGUAAAAUCAUCUAUGGAGUCAUGAAAGGAAACACUGAAUUUAUGGGUGAUUUUGAUGAAUGUGUCAACCUUAAAGUUGGAACUGAAAAUGAUCCAUGGGCUGAUGCCGAUGGAAACCAACCAAUUUUUACUGGUCGAUACUGUACGGUCAUUCUUUCCCUCAAACAAGACAAUUCUAGUUUGUCUCAACAGAACCAUCUUCGAGGUUUCAAAGCUGAAAAAAUCAGUAGACUUGGGUUCUGUUCAUUAACUGCUUGUUCAAAGGAUGACUUGAGUAAUUUGAUGAAAGCCAAAUUUGAAGAUGACUUGGUCGGAUUAAAAGUUACCGGUUGUGAUGGACCCGAGGAAUGGCAAUUAGCAUCAACUCCUUCACUCAUCAGAUUCACUUUUGGCGCAUUGAUUACUCUUCUGAUUGCUGGUACAAUCCUCGACAGAGUUGUUGGAAAUGACGAAGAAGUUGCUAAACCUUUUUGGGUGGAAAUGAUUACAUCAUUUUCAGCUCCACGAAAUUUAAGAUCCAUUUUGGUCGAAAACGCAACACCAGAAAAGUCAAGGUUUAUCAACGUUCUGAAAGCUAUUUGCAUGUUGCUCGUACUACAUGGUCAUGGUCCUCUCACAAUUAGAUUUGUUUCUCUUAACUCAAUUACUGGCCUCUAUUACAUGCUUGCCGGUCCAUUUCAAGCAGUAGUCAACGCUGGUUUCCUCGCUGUUGAUUUUUUUCUCUUCACUAGUGCAUUCAUUUCGGUAAAGGUUGUUUUCCCUCGAUUCAGAGAGCUUUUUGAGCAGCGCGCUAGACUAUCAAGUUAUUUAACAAAUGUUGCUUUCGUUUUGGGUUAUCGAUACAUGAGGAUUAUUCCAUCGCUUGUUUUUCUUAUGAUGAUGCAUAUUUGGUCAGAAAAUUUCAUUGCUGGUCCUCUUUGGCGGGAAUAUGUAGAUAAAUUCCUGAGUCCAUGUAGGAACCAAUGGCUUCCAAAUAUACUCAUGCUAACAAAUGUAUUACCUUGGAACCCUGAAGAGCCAAAUUGUGCUUUCCAUUCAUGGUAUCUUGGAUUAGAUAUGCAACUUUUCAUCUUUAGUCUUGUAUUCUUCAUCAUUCUGGGAGCCAUUAAACCUCGAUUGGCCAUAACACUUAACUUGAUUUUCCUCGCUUUGUCAAUUGCUGCCAAAGGAGUAAUGACAUACUUUUAUAAUUAUCCACCGACUGUACUUUUUGGUAACAGAGCUCGUGAAACCCUUUAUUUCUCUCACAUUUACACUAAGCCAUGGUUCAGAGCUGAUCCUUAUAUACUUGGACUGCUUUUUGGCUAUUUCACCAUGAGUGGCCAUCAACUCAAAUUAUCUAAGGUCACGAAAAUCGCAAUCCACACUCUAGUCAUUGGGGCCAUGCUGUUUGUCCUUAAGGUUCCUUUCUUUUACCAUGAUGUUGACACUUAUGCAACAAUCGGUAUUGCUGCUUAUGGAGCAUUACAUCGAACUAUUUGGGCUCUUUGUCUUGGAUGGAUUUUCUAUUCAUCUUAUUCCAAUGACUUCCCCAUUUUAACGAAAAUUGCCGAUUGGCACAUUUGGGAAGUUUUAUCGAAUGUCUCUUAUCAAUUUUUCUUAUUCCAUCCAUUGGCUUAUUUCAUCUUCUUCGGAACAUUCAGAACUCAUUUUUCUAAAGGCCAAUAUCCAUUGUAUAUAUCAUUAACUGGCAUCGGUACCAUCCUGCUUUUGGCAACACUAGUUUUACCCGCAGUUGUGGAAUGGCCAAUUUCAAAUAUCAUGAAGAUUGCCAAAAAUCGAUUGACCGGUAAAAAGAUGAAAAAAGUACAAUAAUUAAUAACAUGAAGCAUGUUAUCGUUUGUUUAAAAGCAAACUUUCCUUCCAAAAACUGUAAAAUAUUGUUCAAUUUUAUAUAAUAAAAUAUUCACAUUAUCUAGUUA